CCCUUCAAGAGCAAACAGAGAAAGGGAGAGAUAGUGAAAGAGUGAGAGAGAGAGUUGGACCCUUUGCAUCCCUUUGGUGUCGCUCAUUAUUUCUGUGGACAAUGCUGCGAGUCAGAUGUCUGAGAGGAGGUAGCAGAGGGGCCGAGGCUGCCCAUCUGAUCGGAGCCAUGCUUGGCCGGUCAGUUGCAGGUUGGGUGCAGAGGACCUUUCAGAGCACUUCGAGUGCGGCAGCCGCUCACCAGCAUGCAGCUGAAGAGGACCCCAUCGCUGAGCCCGUUCAGCAGGAGUGCCCCGUCUGCAGCUACAACGAAUGGGACCCCCUGGAGGAGGUGAUCGUGGGGCGAGCCGAGAACGCCCACGUGCCUCCCUUCUCUGUGGAAGUGAAGGCCAACACGUACGAGAAGUACUGGCCUUUCUACGAGAAGCACGGCGGGCAGUCCUUUCCUGCGAACCACUUGAAAAAAGCUGUUGCUGAGAUUGAAGAAAUGUGCAGUAUCCUGCGUCACGAGGGCGUGGUCGUGAGGAGGCCGGAGCCCAUCGACUGGUCCGUUGAGUACAAAACUCCAGAUUUCACGUCAACAGGAAUGUAUGCAGCCAUGCCGAGAGACAUCCUCAUGGUGGUGGGAAAUGAAAUUAUCGAAGCUCCCAUGGCCUGGAGGGCCCGCUUCUUUGAGUACCGUGCCUACAGGCCUUUGAUCAAGGAAUACUUUAGAAAAGGUGCAAAAUGGACCACCGCUCCCAAACCCACCAUGGCUGAUGAUCUGUACGACCAGGACUACCCCAUCCGCACCGUGGAGGACAGACACAAGCUGGCAGCCCAAGGGAAGUUUGUAACCACAGAGUAUGAGCCCUGCUUCGAUGCGGCUGAUUUCAUUCGAGCCGGGAGGGACCUUUUCGUCCAGAGGAGUCAGGUUACGAACUACAUGGGGAUCGAGUGGAUGAGGCGCCACCUGGGCCCAGAUUACAAGGUGCACAUCAUCUCGUUCAAGGACCCCAACCCAAUGCACAUCGAUGCCACUUUCAACAUCAUCGGCCCCGGGUUGGUGUUGUCGAACCCGGAUCGCCCGUGCCGCCAGAUUGACAUGUUCAAGAAAGCUGGCUGGACUGUUGUUAAACCCCCGACACCUUUGAUUCCUGAUGACCACCCACUGUGGAUGUCCUCCAAAUGGCUGUCCAUGAAUGUCCUGAUGCUGGAUGAGAAGCGCGUCAUGGUUGACGCCAAUGAAGACACCAUACAUAAAAUGUUUGAAAGCCUUGGUAUCAAGACCAUAAAGGUGAACAUUCGCCAUGCCAACUCUCUCGGUGGCGGCUUCCACUGCUGGACAACCGACGUCCGCCGCCGUGGUACCCUGCAGUCCUACUUCCACUAGCCUCGCCAGAAAUAGGCAGUUUCUAUUGAGCUUUAAAACGUAAAGCUUCAAUCAGGAAGCCUCUUAGAUAAUUGAACGCCACUAAAAAGGGUCGGAGCUUACGUCCGAUCGAAUCCGCUGUGUGCAAAUUUGGAACCCCAUCUUGGGAAAUGUGUUCAAACCCGUGUGAAGCGAAUGACCGUAGGGUGGCUUUUCCUUGGCGCCACCAAAAGCUUAACUCUGUGUUGCGUCUUUGUGACUUAAUUGGACAUUUGUGAAUGGUUUUGACCUGCUGGACAUUGGAGUGGCUUUGCAAACAGCUUUGUUGAGAGAUUAACAGCACACAUAUACUGGACAGUAAGAGUCUUUGGUUUAUUUCACAUAUAAAUCUCAAUAUUAACUGCAUUUCUGGCCUGGCAGUCGUGAAGCUUAUCCAUCUGAAAUCCGAUGCUUUGAGGACAAGGUACGAUUUUGGUAUGUCACCAAACUUGGGCACAGGAGGUUUCAAGCUACCUCUACUUGAACACUCGGGGUGCUUUUCCUUAUCCAGACUCCUAUUUCCUUGCGUCCUUACUACAACGGAAGAUCUCCUCCUGCCAUUAGGUGUAGGUGUCUGGAGCAAAUGUCUCCUAUCGUACAUCUCUUCUUCCUUUAGCAUCCUCAGCAGGUGCAAAAAAAGGAGGAACCUUUGUAGAAGAACCAAGGAAACUGCAUCACGAAAAGCACCUUGAGAAAUGACAGUUCUACCUUUUUUUUUUCUUCCAUUUUUUUAUAUAAAGAAACAUAUAUACAACUUUUAGGUAGGUCAUAAAAACAUCGAUGAAACAUUGAUUAAAAAUGGAAAACCUCUGCUUAUAUUUUUACAACUCUUUUUAUUGGAUUACCCAGCAAUGAAUGUUUUUAUAUAUUUUCGUAAAAAAGAAAAAUCUAUGAGGUCCAUAUCAGAUUUUGUCUACCUUUUCUCCUCUGCUGUCUUCUCCUCUUGUUGCAUAUCUGGGCCAGUUACAGCACGUGUCUUUCCCGCCGAGUUCAUCUUUGUUUGAAGUUUAGCAAACAAAGUGAAAGUGCAUUAUGGUAGUUAUUUCAAGUUUUAUGAUUCCUGCGCUGCUUAUAAAGUUGAAUGUCUUAAACGGCUUAAAAUAGUUCUGAGGCGAUGAAUUCAAGGGAAAAUUCAGUUCAGCGGAAUGAUGCCAGUGAUGUUUUGUAGUAUGUCUUGUCAUUAAAAUGUAAUUAAAAAGACCCGACUUUCA